UUCUAGAGACCGUCACUGGGCGGCAGAUAGCAGUGUUUACAUUGUGCGCGGCGCGGGGGCGGCGCGUCUCACCCCGCGGGACUGUUGAUGUGUGUUCACUGUUUGAACAGCUACACCAACUACUUCACAAGGGCUGCAAUACCCGCCAAACCCCCAACAAACUGGAAGAGCAUUCAAACCUUUGUGCUGUGAGUGAGUGGCAGUCAUAGUAGUUGUAGCAGUAGCAGCAUCAGCCCCCCACAGCCCCUUCAGGAUGUCCAUGCCCCCUCUGGCCUCGAUCAUCCCCUGGGAGCAGGUGUGUCGCAUGCUGGAGAAGGUACAAGGGGAGAAGCGGCCAAAGAAGAAGGAAAUGUUACUGAAAUUUAUCACUCACUUCCGGGAACUUCAUCACAAGAAGCUGCAGCAUCAGCCUGACUGUCCAGACACUUUCUUCCCAGUGAUGCGAGUCCUGCUGCCGGGGCUGGACAGGACAAGAGGCGCCUAUGGGGUGAAGGAACGCAGGCUGGCUGAUUUGUACAUACGUAUUCUUGGCCUGAAGAAAGAUGGGAAUGAUGCACAGAAGCUUAUUAAUUUCCGGAAACCCAAGGCGUUGGCUGGGGGUGAGACGGGGGACUUUGCCGAGAUUGCCUACUAUGUGUUGAGAAGCAGGUGCCUCAGUGGGGGGAAGCUGACUCUGCUAGAGGUGGACCAGCAGCUUACCUCCAUUGCUGAGAACCAUGCUGCAAAGAACCAUGAGGCAGUGGAGCGCUCCUUGUUGGUGAUGCUGAACGGAAUGUCGGCUAAAGAACAGAAGUGGCUGCUGCGUGUUCUUCUAAAGGAUAUGAGACUUGGGCUGGGGCAGACGGCCAUCUUUGCAGCCUGGCACCCUGACGCCAAGGAUUACUACGACGUCACCAAUAGUUUAGAGAAGGUCUGCAAAACACUCCAAGACCCAGCUGUUCGCUUGCACGAAGUGGACGUGUCACUGUUCUGUCCGUUCCGCCCCAUGCUGGCUCAACGGGCGGUGCUGGAGAAGGUGGAGGCACAGAUGAACCACAAGUCCUAUUUUGCUGAGACCAAGUUUGAUGGUGAACGGUCACAGAUUCACAAGAAAGGUGGAGAUUACAAAUAUUUCUCAAGAAACGGAUUUGACUUCACGAGUAACUUUGGCGCAGAUCGACACUGCGGCCUAUUCACCCCACACCUCCACUCCCAGCUGGCUCCACAUGUUAGGGAUGUGAUUCUGGAUGGGGAGAUGGUUGGGUGGAGCAGGAACCGUCACUGCAUCGUUACCAAGGGUGAGUUAAUGGAUGUGAAGCACCUGAAGGAGGAAGGUGAUUGGCAGGUGUGCUUCUGUGCCUUCGACAUUAUCUACUUAAAUGGCAAGGUCCUGACAAACAAGCCACUGGGGGAGCGACUGGAGGUGUUGAGGUCAGUGGUCACUCCUCUGGAAGGUCGGGUCCUUAUCUCUGCCACCACUAAGGUCAGAUCCAGGGAGGAGGUGGUGGCAGCCCUGAAUGAAGCAAUAGACCGGCGUGAGGAGGGCGUCGUACUGAAGGACCCUGAUAGUGUGUACCAGCCAGCUUCCAGAAGAGCUGGCUGGAUUAAAGUGAAGCCUGAGUACGUCGACUCACUGGUGCCAGAGUUGGACCUUGUCAUAAUUGGUGGCUUCUAUGGCAAGGGCACUCACCAUGGCGCCCUCUCUCACUUCCUCCUGGGCGUGGCAGUGCCCUCAGAGGAGCCUGGGGGAAAGCCAAGACUCUUCCACUCCUUCACCCGCGUUGGUUCUGGAUACACUGUGGAUGAGCUGCAGGAGUUGGUUGAUAAACUAAAGCCACACACCCGUGCCCGCCAGCCAACCAGCGUGUGUGUGGGGCGGCAGAAGGUGCCAGAUGUGUGGAUAGAGCCUUGUAAAUCCUUCGUUGUACAGUGUGUGGCGGCGGAGGUGGUGAAGAGUGACCUGUAUCGGACGGGGGUCACACUGCGGUUCCCAAGGGUGGAGAGGGUGCGAUAUGACAAACCUUGGCACCAGGCACUUACCACAACAGAACUGAGGCAACUCGUGCAGGAGGCAAGUGGCAAGCUGGCAAUGAAGCACUGUGGGGAUGAACUGGAUGGGGGGAGAGGCGCCAAGAGGAGGGCAGUGGCCAGGGUGGAGGGCCCGUCACUGCCUCUACACUUCCGCCCAGCCGACGUGUCCUCCACUGUCAAGAAAGAUGAAAUAUUUGCGUCUCUGGAGAUGUGUGUGAUGAGUGGAGAUGAGGAGAUGAGCAAGCAGGCCCUGGAGAUGAUGGUGGUGGAGCAUGGAGGUAGCCUGACACAGCACCCAGGUCCAAACACUCACUGCAUUGUGGCAAACACACCAACUAUAAGAGUCCAAAACUACAUCACCUCCUCAAAACACAAUGUUGUCCUUCCUUCCUGGGUGGUGGCGUCCUGCUCCAGUGGUCGCCUGCUGCCCUGGGGACCUCUGGACAUCCUGCAUUUGAGGGAGAAGGAGAGGAACGUAAUGCAAGAUAUGUUUGACCAGUUUGGGGAUAGCUACACUGAACCUACAGAUGGGAAGACUCUCAGAAGGGUGAUGAUGAGGAUGAAAAAAGAGUCAUGGCGGGUGCUGUCGGAGGAGGAGAUGAGUGAGAUGGAUGAGAAGUUGUGUGACCCUGGGGACCUGAGGGCUCUCUUCAGGAGGGUCACUGCCUACUUUUGUGAGGGUGAGGUGGACCAGCUGGCCAGACUCACCCUAAGGCUCCAUGGGGGGGUGCUCAGUGACUCACCCUCCUCAGUGACUCAUCUUAUUGCAGGGGAGGAAAGCGAGAUUAGAGCAAGUGAACUGGCAGGCAGGCAUUUGGUGACCCCUGACUGGAUAUAUGAAAGUGUCGAGCGUGGCAAGCGACUGGAGGAGAGGCUGUACAUGCCCAGACUGGUGUGAUGGCUGACUGGGGGACUGGCUGGCUGACUGACUGGCUGAUUGUGUACUUGACUGCAUGAUUGGAUGGAUUGGUGACUGAUUAGAGGAAUAAAUGAAUGAAUGACUGGGUGGGUGGCUGACUGACUGACUGACUGGCUGACUGACUGACUGACUGACUAGGCUAAGUGAUUGACUAGAGGGAUAAAUGACUAAUAGAUUGACUGACUGACAGAGUAAAUGAAUAACUUAAAAACUGACGCAUCACUGACAAUAAGGAUGAUAAAAAAAAAAAUCUUGUAUAUUGUAUCAUUAUUGCAUUGAGGUACGUAUGCUUUGUAUUCAGGCUGUGAUAAGUAGGCACAAGGUAUGGAGUUUGAAGUAUACCCUGUUUUUCAUUACGUAUUGUUAUUCAUAUAAGGGAGAGGAGCAAGUCAGUGUAUGGAAUCUAGAAAACGUGUGCCUCAUA